AUGCCUCUAUAUGAAGAUCCAAAGUAUGAUAUUGAUGAAGAAACGGCUGCACUUCCAUCAACAGUGAAGUUUUUCCCAAAGAUGACAGAUUUACUAGAUGGCGAAGAAUGUCAAGACAAUGCUGACAGUGAUAAUAAUAACAACACGAUGAUCAAUGAAUGGGCUCUUAAAAGGUUUGGUGCACUUCAAAUGAAAUUAGAGAAAAUGCAACAUUCUAGAGAUACCUACAAAUCAUUUGGAUCACGAGAUAAUUUAACCAAUUUUUCUCGAAGUAUAUUAUAUAAUUUGGCCAAUGAAGUGUUUGGAUUUGAUGGAUGGUCAACGACAAUUUUGGAUUGUAAUUUAACCAAAUGUGAAAAUCAAGAUCAAAGCAAAUUUUCUGCAAUUUGUAUAGUGAAAAUACGGUUAACAUUAAAAGAUGGUACUUUUAGAGAACAAUUGGGGCAAGCAGAAUCGACAAAUAUGCCUUACCAGUAUAUGUGUUAUGCCACGGCUCGAAAGAAAGCAGUUACAGAUGCUAUCAAAAACGCUAUUAUUGGGUUACGUGAUCUUUAUCUUGAAUAUGAACAAGAACAAAUUAUGAAAGAGUUUGCACUUGACUGUGUUACGUAA